AUGCCUGAUAUUUUGUACCUUUUACCAUUUGUUUUCACCUCGACUGUGAUAUUUUUGUUGAUUCAAUAUUUGUUGAAAAAGAGGGGGAAUGGAUAUGCAGAAUCGGAACAAAAUGAGCUGCUAGUCGUAAAUGGUCAACCACCGCCGCCGCCACCAUCAUCACCAACUUCAACUCGAUCCCAGAUGACAAAAGGGAGGAUGGAUGAAAUAGUUGUCGAUAUUUACAUCGAACAAGAAGGUAGAGAUCAUGAAUGCUCUAUCUGUCUAUUUGAAUUCAAAGACCAAGAAUUGUUCCGGUGUCUUCCGGCAUGCAACCAUGGAUUUCACUUCGAAUGCAUCAAAACAUGGUUGGAUAUUAGUCAAACCUGCUCAUUGUGCCGCCAGAGUACUGUCAUUGAACCAUGA